CAAGCUUGCUCAUGUGUACCUGUUUGCUGAGCUGUUAUGGCGAGAUAGAGGGAUUGGAGGAGGGCAGGAUGGGUACGGUUUCUCUUUAUGACUUGUGCAUGGACUUUGGUUUGGACACCAUCUUGUACUGGGGCUCCUUCCCUCAUUCCCAUGGAUGGUGGUGAAGAAAAAGUGUCAUCUAAUAACAGUGAGACUCAGUGAAUCUGUACAGUAAAGAGUGUUAAUGUUCCACUUGAUACGCUAGACUCUAGAGUACAUCAUGCAUAGAGUACUCUGUGGGCACAGAGCUGACCUUCAACUGCUUGUAGAAGCCGCUAUAGUGAAACCAAAGCAUCCAGGAUUCCAAGCGGCCAUCUUGGCCUCACUAACUAGCUGCAUUGUCAUCCUUGUCUUGUCACUGUCCUUCAUCAUUUGAUAUCUGCAGGUGCAGAAAGAAAGCUUGAGCAGGUACAAACACCUGAACACGCAGGAAAGGUUGGGAGAUAAAUAGUGUAUUUUGUAUAGGAUGAUUUUUUGUUCAAAACAUCUGCCUCAGGACCUGGAGAACGGACUUGAUGGCUAUGAGACGUAUGGAUAUCAGAGGUGAGAAGUGUCUCCACAUUCAUGAAUAGAGUCAUACAAAGUGUGUGUGUGUGUGUGUGUGUGUGUGUGUGUGAGAGAGAGAGAGAGAGAGGGGGGGGGGGGUCAGGAGAGCCUGAUGAAUGACCCCCUCCCUGGGUUGCACCACACAGAGAGCCAGCGGUAUCUUCUGCACAGAGUGCCCACUGUGACAGCUCCCAGUUUGCCAUCCAGCACCAGCAUACCUGUAAACCUCCAUGUUUCCAUCCCUUAACACUGAUAGACACCGUACCUGCUCAGCCUGUGCUUCCCACCUUCCACAAAUUUAGCACCACAUCACAGCCCGGAACUCUUCAUAAAAGGGGUUCCUUGGGGUUCUAUAUAGAGCUCUGGGGUUUUUAUACUGGAGAAUCUCAUGUCAUCUCAGCACCAAGAUCUGAUGGAGGUGGUGGACCAGUUCACCGAUGUUUUCGCAUUGACCCCCGGACUAACACACCCGGUCCAUUACAAGAUCAAACUAAGUUCGGACAGAUUUCAGUCUUCAUCAACUAGACCCAGUGACAUCAGUGAGUUCCUCAGGAUGCUGAUUGUAUAGUUGGUGGACUGUUUCUGAGUCCAGCAGUGACACAAAGGAGAAAAUAAUCCCAGGAAAGCUAUCUACUGAUGUAUCUACUCAUACAAGCACAACACACAUGGUGUCAUGAUAGGUCAGGGUUAAGUUCUCUUAAGAUCUUUUUCAUUGUUUUUAAGGAAAUUUCCUCUGCUUGCUUUUAUUUUUAAACCACACCUGUUUUAUUUUAACCUGACAUUUUGACAGUUUACUUUUUUAACAUGCCUUUUUAUUAUGUGAGCCUAUUAGGUUUAAAUUACUGGUGGCAUCUAAAAUAUUUUCCACACAUUUUCAAGUUCUGGAAGUUACAUCCACUAGAUGGCGCCAUUGUUCUUGCAGUCCUAAUGAACGCACCUGUUAUUUAGAAACAUAUAUAAUAAUAUUUCAGCUGUUCUACUGUGUACAAAAAUACCAAUGUGUAACUCAGUAAGAUAUUUUUAUUGAACUUUGUACACCAUGCAGAAGUGCGUUUUCAUAUGUUCGCUUAUUUCAGAUUAUAUUUCUGUGUGUGUGUAUGAGUGUGUAUAAGUGUGUGUGCAUGUGUAUGAGUGUGUGUGUAUGAGUGUGUGCGCGCGCGCAUCCCUGAGUUUGGAGACACGUUCCUUAGGGACUUUAUUCAGUGUGUGUCUCUCGCAGUGCACUCAGUGCUGUACUUAAUGUACUGUGUGUGUGUAAAACACUCGGUACACGAGCUGAGCUGUGUGGCAGUAGAUGAUGGUAAGGUGUAGCUCUCUCAGGUGGACUCCAUGGACACAUUUUUCUGUCGGCGCAACAGCAAACUGGAGACGUUUCUUAAGCGGAAUGCUCCCCGGGACGUGCACGAGCGGCUUCGGUACUACGAGGCGUGUGUCGUGGUUACAGAGGAGAUCGACAAGGUGUUCAUGCAUGUUGUGCUCACUGACGACUCCAUUUACCUGACUGAGUAUCAUCCCAGAACUCUCCUCAGGGUGCUCAGCUUCAGCCUCAUUCUGCACAUGGAGCUGAUCAAUGAUCUACCAGACUUCCUCAGUGGCAAAGACCAAGAGCAGUCACUUCAUAUUCAUGUUGUGCAUACACAUGCUAAGGGUGUUGGGAAUCGUGGCUCAAGAGACCGACCCAAGCCUCAGUCUGCUGUCACACCUGGUCAACAAUAUAACUACAGACUCAGCCGCUUUGCACAGGGAGCCAGCAGGUUUCAGCAGAGUUCUGACUUGAGAUCAUCUCCAUCAUCCAUCAGCGAUGAUGGAGAUGUACACGCAGGCAUCAGACAGGCUACAAGCUCCGUCCUGACCAGACUGAGACGAAGAGCAGCAAGGGGAAAAGGGAAGAAAACAGAGGAGGAAGAAAAGAAGGAAGCCGAGCUACAUCUGUAUGCUGUCAUGCCCAUGUCACAGAUAUAUUUUCACCUGCAAAGAUCCUGGAAGAGUUAUAUCAUGAAAUCCACACUGAGGCUGAGUCCAUGCAUCGUUUCGUCUUCUCCUUCAUCCAAGAAACGCAGAUCCACAAUGAGCUGGGAACGGACGUGUCAGCUGUUCCGCCAGCUGAGUGGGGAGCUGUUACAGACCCAGCUCAGCUUGGAAAGGUUGUACCUGCUGCUUCAGGAGCUCUGUACUGCCACGCGUCACAACCCCGCCGUCAAAACACUCUUCUGGAGGUCACCUGAGCUCUAUCCCUUCCUGGUGAAGACGCUGACUGAAAGCUCGCAGCUCUCUCAGGACAGACUGCACCCAGCUGACAGGCUAUUGCUUUCCAUGUUAGCGCUUCAGACCAUAAGCCUGAUGUUUGGUGAGACAGAGAAAGGACCUUCAUGCUUAAGCACACUAACAUCCAAGCACGGAAGUGUAACAGCAGCCUUGCUCUUGGCUUUGGUGCGUGAUCCAGAAUUAAAGCCCAACAAUUGCAAUUCUGCAUCUCACACAGAGCUACAGGUCUUACAAGCCGAGUAUCUGGACGCAGCGGCUGUUCUGCUGUUUGAGGUGGUGAUAUUUUGCCAGGAAUUGAGUGGGACCCCGAACACAGGACACUUUCUGACUGUGGCUUGGGUUUUUCAAACUCUAGAAGCUCAUCCUUACUUUCUCCUAUUUAUGGCUUAUCAAGCCCAGAGCGUGGUCCUGGCACUGUUGUCCUGUUCGUCCGAGUCUCCCUUGAGCCCGUCGCAGGCCGUCCUCCUGUUCCAGCGGUGUCACCUGCUCCUCACCUGCAUGCAGCACAGCACCUGUGUGAACAGCUACAUCAUCACAGAGCUCAGAGAAGAGUUCAGGUAUUAUGUGAGACAGUCACGGUUGGAGGACAAGCUUCCCCCUCACUAUCCGAUAAGCAGACCAGCACGUCAUGUCCUCUCUCAGCUGCUCUGCCUGGUGCUGCACAAGCCCUGAACCCUCAGUCCAGUUAAUCAUGAGGACAUCCACAGACUCACAGUUCUACAAAUCAAAAGCAGCCACAUAAUGAAAUGAAGGCUGUGUUUUAUACAGGAUGUGUUUAAGAAACUAUGGAAUUAUUCACUUUUAUUUAUUUGUCUCUGAGUCUUGAAAUUUUAUAUUCAUUAAAGUAUUUGUUUCAUAUUUUGCAUGACUGACUAAAGACUUAUUAAAGAAUCCAUUGGUUUUUGUUUAUAGUGUAUGAGAAAUAAAACCAGUGAUACCUUACAGAUAUCUUCUAUCAUACUAUCUAAUAUGAAGAUCAACUCCAG